AUGGGGUCAAUGAAUGAAACACAAAUUUCACAAUUUCUUCUCCUGGGAAUUUCAGAGGACCCAAGUUUGCAGCCUGUCCUCUUUGGAUUGUUCCUGGCCAUGUACCUGGUCACAGUGCUUGGGAACCUGCUCAUCAUACUGAUCACGAUCUCAGAUUCUCACCUGCACACACCCAUGUACUUCUUUCUCUCCAACUUGUCAUUUGUGGACAUAUGUUUCACCUCCACCACUGUACCAAAGAUGCUAAUGAACCUCCAGUCACAUUGUAAGUUCAUAAUAUAUAGAGACUGCAUCACCCAAAUGCUUUCCUUUUUAUUCUUUUCAGUACUGGACAUUUCUCUGCUUACCAUAAUGGCUUAUGACCGAUAUGUGGCCAUUUGUCACCCCUUGCAUUACACAGUCAUCAUGAAUCCCAGGCUCUGUGUGUUGAUGGUGCUGGUGUUCUGGAUAGCAAAUAUCUUGCAUAUCUCAUCACAAGGCUUCAUGGUGUUGCAGUUAUCCUUCUGUACAGAAUUGAAAAUCAAUCACUUUUUCUGUGAGAUGAAUCAGGUGUUACAACUCACCUGUUCAGAAAAUUUUGUUAAUGUUCUCAUCAUGUAUCUUUUACCUAUGGUGUUGGCAGCUGGAUCCCUCAUCGCCAUCCUCUGCUCUUACUACAAGAUUCUUUCCUGCAUAGGUGCCAUCUCAUCAGCUCAAGGGAAGUACAAAGCCUUUUCCACGUGUGCAUCCCAUCUCUCCGUUGUCUCCUUAUUUUAUUGUACAGGAAUAAGUAUUUAUCUGAGUUCUGUUGUAACAGAAAACACACAGACAACUGCAAGAGCCUCAGUUUUAUACAGUGUGGUCACCCCUAUGUUGAAUCCCUUUGUCUAUUGUCUGAGGAAUAAAGACAUAAAAGAUGCUAUAAAAAUUAUAGGCACUAUACCUCAAGAUGUAAGUAUGUGA